ACAUCUUGCUGCUUUUUAGGUUAAAGAAGAAAAAUCAAGAUGAAGUGUUUCUUUAUCACAGCUUUGAUGAGCAUUUUCAUUCUGGCUUUCUUCAGCCAUUCUGGAAGUGCCCUAAAAUGCUUUAAGUGUGAUUCCAGCCCAUGUUCACAAAAUGUGACAUGCCAAGGAAAUGAAGAUCGCUGCAUGGUGGUUUAUCUUGGUGAACGUGCUGGAAGAAAUAUCUCUAGCUGCUGGGAACAUGCCAACUGCAAUACGGACUACAUUGGGAAGCAUUUUAGUAGUGGUACGUUCAAAUUCAGAUGCUGCUCAAGAGACUUGUGUAAUAGCAGUCCAGUUACAACAGGUAGCAAGAUAAUCCUUGGCAUAGCUUCUUUGCUUAUAAUCAUCCAGCUGGUCUAUUUCUAACCAUAGAAACAGAAGAGCCAAACUAUUCUGAUGUGUAAAAUGUAAUACCUAUUGACAAAUAGCCUUUGGAGAAAGUACCACAUUUGGACAGAGGAGUGUAAGUCAUGGAAAACAAGUGUGUAAAAGCAUGAAAUUUAUUAUACUGUAGGUACUGCAUUGUGUGUGUCUUUAAUACUGUGUUCUAUUUACAAGCUGACAAUCUAUUCUGUGUGAUUUAAUCAUUUACAUAGUUGGGUAACUGAGGUUCAUAUUUGUCAAGCACUUUUUGUUCUGCAGAGAGCUCCUGGAUCUCUUGAAAGUGUAAACUUGCUUUUCUUUUGGACCUGUUUGCAAGACUAUAUUGUAGUAAUAAAGGGGCUACAGCACUCAGACCUACAGGUUUUUCAUCACUGAUUGUCUUCUGUUCAGAACUGCUAGAAGGCCUCUCCGCCUAGGUAGUACCAGAUGUAUUAAUGUCCAUGGUUACUAUCAGUGUGUGAGCUUCCUUGCUCCUUCAGUUCUGGUUUCUAUAAUUAAAGAAUUUCUAGUGUGAUGUUAGAAUAACCCUUUUGUAAUCCAGUCAUGUUACCUUGUGACAUUCUUAUCACUUGUCUGAACCUACGCUAACAUUAACUGGCAGCAUUUCAAAACUAUUUAGCAAUUAAGAUAAUACCUUUCACACUAUCAGUGUAUAGAUUAUACAUAUGUAAUGUGCUUUAUACAGUUCCUGGCAUCUAUUACCUGUUUUCUUAAUGAUGCAUAAUGCCAUCCAUGAUACAAUCUGCUACAAUUGUUUGCUCAGUUGAGGACAACUGCAAUGUAAACAACAUCUUGGCUGUGUUAGUGCCGUUUUCAUAUUCUUGUCUAGAUGCAGAUAUUUACUUAGGUACAAGCUUUCACAUUUAAAAGAUGAAUAUCAUACCCCAAAUCUCAGUGACCUUCAAAAGUGUUUAAAGUGCUGCUGAAUUAGUAUUAGAUCACAGAAUGGAUUCAGAUCAGUGACUUUGAUGCUGAAGAUUUAUCAAAUGAUUUGAUUAUCAAGAGGUUAUGCACCUUUAGUGUUGCACAAGAAUCUUUUCUAAUUUUUUUGUUGUAAACCACCCAGAGAGCUAUAGCCAAUAUAGAAAUGAAAUAAUGCAUGGGAGUACAGAGGGACCCCCCCCCCCACCUCUGUACAGCAUGAUUGAGGACAAGAUGGAUUGGUUUUUAAACCAAGGCUGAUUUAAGUAACGAUUGGACAUUCUGCUUUAGUAAAAUAAGCUAAAGGAAUGACCAUCAGCACUCAAGUUCUUCAGAAGGGGCAACAGUUAAGGGCUGAAAAAAACCAAGCUCAUAAAUGUUCCUUAGAUGUUGCAUAUUUUAACUACCAAAGGAAAAGGAUUUUUUCAGCAUUAUUACAUGCUACUGUGUCAGAAUCUGCCUUGCUCACUGAUAAUAAAGUACAAAACUCAAAGUA